ACCAGUACACAAAUGGUAGACCACCAAGCUCUGACCAAGAGGAAGAGAUGGGCAGCAGUGAGCCCCUUCCUAUUGCAGAAGGUGACAAGAGGAAAAAGAAGAAGCGGAAGGCCCGGGCCACUGACUCCUUACCAGGAAAGUUUGAAGAUAUGUACAAGCUGACCUCUGAAUUGCUUGGAGAGGGAGCCUAUGCCAAAGUCCAAGGUGCCGUGAGCCUGCAGAAUGGCAACGAGUAUGCUGUCAAAAUCAUCGAAAAACAAGCAGGGCACAGUCGGAGUAGGGUAUUCCGAGAGGUGGAGACGCUCUAUCAGUGUCAAGGAAACAAGAACAUUUUGGAGCUGAUUGAGUUCUUUGAAGAUGACACAAGGUUUUACUUGGUCUUUGAGAAAUUGCAAGGAGGCUCCAUCCUGGCCCACAUCCAGAAGCAGAAGCACUUCAAUGAGCGAGAAGCCAGCCGAGUGGUGCGGGAUGUGGCCGCUGCCCUUGACUUCCUGCACACCAAAGGCAUUGCUCACCGCGAUCUGAAGCCAGAAAAUAUAUUGUGUGAGUCUCCAGAAAAGGUGUCUCCGGUGAAAAUCUGUGACUUUGACUUGGGCAGUGGGGUGAAACUGAACAACUCCUGCACCCCCAUAACCACACCAGAGCUGACCACUCCAUGUGGUUCCGCAGAAUACAUGGCCCCGGAGGUGGUGGAGGUCUUCAGGGACGAGGCCACUUUUUACGACAAGCGCUGUGACCUGUGGAGCCUGGGCGUGGUCCUCUACAUCAUGCUGAGUGGCUACCCCCCCUUUGUAGGUCACUGCGGGGCCGACUGUGGCUGGGACCGGGGAGAGGUCUGCAGGGUGUGCCAGAACAAGCUGUUUGAGAGCAUCCAGGAAGGCAAGUAUGAGUUUCCUGACAAGGACUGGGCACACAUCUCCAGCGAGGCCAAAGACCUCAUCUCCAAGCUCCUGGUUCGAGAUGCAAAGCAGAGACUGAGUGCCGCCCAAGUUCUGCAGCACCCCUGGGUGCAGGGGCAAGCUCCAGAAAGGGGACUCCCCACGCCGCGAAUCCUCCAGAGAAAUAGCAGCACGAUGGACCUGACACUCUUCGCGGCUGAGGCCAUCGCCCUUAACCGCCAGCUUUCUCAGCGCGAGGAAGACGAGCUGGCAGAGGAGUCCCUGGCUGAGGGCUUGUGCUCGGUGAGGCUUUCUCCUCCAUGCAAGUCACGCCUGGCCCGGCGGAGGGCCCUGGCCCAGGCAGGCCGCAGUGAUGACCUGGAACUGUGUCCAACUCCCACCACACUCUGACCCACUCCAGCCACAACCUCCAGGACCUCAGCCUGCCCGGGCUUGGCCAAAGUCUACAGAGCAAGUAGAGCGAGCUGCUCUGUGGCUCCGUCCAGGCCACCCAACCCCCCAUUUCCCCAGAGUCCUCAAGGAAAAAGCUCUUUCCAAAGGGGUUGUCUUUGAAAAGGAAAGCAAUCACUUGUCACUUUGCAUAAUCGCCUGCGGCAGGGACAUCUCUGCUGGGCUCCUGCCCACCUGCUCACCCGCCUGCGGAUCCAGGAUGCAGCCUGCUCUCCUGGGCAGCAGGCGGCAGUGGCGGCUGGGGCUGCAGCCUUCAGGGAGCCAGCCUUGAGAAGCAGCAGUUGACAGAGGCUCUCUCUUCUCUUUGCACUGUCACCCC